UCCCUGUUGUGCAUGAUGAUUAGACUGUGUGACUGUUGUAUAAAUAGUCUCCACACCAUUCCAGUCCACGACAGUCUACACAGGCCUACAAUGUCUCCUGCACUGAUUGUAUUGUUGGCUGCCAUCGGGUGUGCUGUUGCUGCCCCCGCCCCUCAAUUUAUUGCCCCUGUAGUUUCUGCCCCCGUAGUUGCUGCCCCCGCAGUAGUCACCGCCACUAGCUCACAGUACAUUGCCCGGAACUACAAUGGAGUGGUCGCCCCGCCUGCAGUUGCAGUGGCUGAGCUACCUUACACCUACCCUGCUGAAGUUGCGCCUGCAGUGGAGCCUGUUUACUUCAUCUAACUACAAACCUUAUAAUGACGGAUAAACAUAGCUAUACUUCUUA